AUGCUGCCUCAAGCCUCCCUCUCGCGCCUCGUCUCCCGCGCCGCCGUCCGCUCGCUGCGCACCGCCGCCGCCGAAACCAUCCCGUCAACGUCCAUCAAGGUCCUCCGGGUCGUCGACGCCGUGCGCCAAUGGCGAAAGCCUCACAUGACAAACUUCCGCUCUGUCGGCCUCGUGCCCACCAUGGGCGCCCUGCACGAGGGCCACUUCUCGCUCAUCCGCGCCGCCGCCCGCGAGAACCACCACGUGGUCGUCAGCAUCUACGUCAACCCGGCCCAGUUCGGCAUCAAGGAGGACCUCGCCUCGUAUCCCGUCACCUGGGACGCUGACGUCGCCGCGCUGGCCCGUCUCGACCGCGAGUUCGCCGACGAUGGAGCAAACCUGGGCCGCAUCUCGGCCGUCUUUGCGCCCUCCACCGCCGAAAUCUAUCCCUCCGGCUUCCCCGGCCAGGAGAUUGACAGCAAGGGCAGCUUUGUCACCAUCACGCCCGUGGGCGAGGUUCUCGAGGGCGCCAGCAGGCCGACCUUCUUCCGCGGCGUCGCCACCAUCUGCAUGAAGCUCUUCAACAUCGUCCAGCCCGACCGCGUCUACUUUGGCCAAAAGGAUGUCCAGCAGACCGUCGUCAUCAAGCGCAUGGUCAAGGACUUCAUGCUGCCCACCGAAGUCGUCGUCUGCCCGACCACGCGCGAAUCUGACGGCCUCGCCCUGAGCUCGCGAAACGUCUAUCUCGGCACGCGCCGCCGUCAUGUCGCCAUCGUGCUAAGCAAGGCCUUGCGUGCGGCCCAGGAAACGUACGACUGCGGUAAGCUGGACCGCAACGACGUCCUCGGGGCUGCAAAUACUGUCGCCGACACCAUGCUGCAGGCUCAGAUGGAGCUCCCGCCUAACCAGCGGGUUACUUGGGAGGUCGACUACAUCUCCCUGGCCGACCCGGACACGCUGCAAGAGGUCGAUGCCGUGGACCCGGCAAAGGGAGCCGUCCUCAGUGGCGCCAUCAAGAUGCUGCCAGUGGAGGAGGCGCAAAAUGGAGAGGAUCUGGGACACUCUGGAGGACCGGCGGUAAGGCUGAUUGAUAACAUCAUCUUGCCACCCAAGGCCCAGUAG